AUGUCAAGCCAAGACGGAUGUACUUAUCCAUUAAUUGAAUUGAUAUUAUCUGUCGCUGGAUUAAUAUGUUGCAUCGCUAUGAUGAUCAUAUACUUUAAAUCAGAUAAUUUUAAAUUAUUUUCAUAUACCAUACAACUUUACAUUUUAUUAGGAGCAAGCCUCUAUACAUUAUUAGAUUUUACUUUCAAUGUAUUUUAAUUUUCAAUUUGCCAUACUUUUGAACUAAAAUACAUAUUAGAAAAAUCAAUUUGUUAAAUUACAUCUUAUAUUUCUGUAUAUGGAGUUAUGAAUGUGGUAAGUUGGCAAACUGUCCUAAUAAAAAUUGCAAAAGAAGCCAUACUCUAUAAGAAAUAAGAAUAAUUAUCAGUUCAUGUAAAGUUAUGUAAUAUCUAGCUAAAUUUGAUCGCGUUUGCAUUUUUUUUCCCAAUUAUUUGUACAAUUUUACCAUAAUUAAGUUCUAGUAAGAAAUAAUCUAAAGGAGAAUCAACGGAUUAAAACUAUGAUGACUUUAUAUAUGGACUUUUUGAUAAUGUCUGUUGGUUAUAAUAUAACUUUACAAUCACUUAAAGCAACCCUUGCAAUUCAAAUAGCGUAUCAGAACCUGAGUCUAAUUUAUAAAACUUAUAAACGAGUCUUUCUAGAACGAUUGUAACAUUAAGUUUACUUUGCUUCUUUUUACCAAUUAUUUUUCAAUCAAUUAUACAAUUAACAGAUUUAAGAAGCAUUAGCAAAAAAAUAGAAGCUAUGAAAAUAAAUAAAGAAAUUUUUAAAGGACAUGAAAAUCAUAUUAAUGCCAUCAAAGGGUUAUACUUAGUUCCUUAUUUUAUUCUCUUAACUUGCGUUGUACCAGCUUUUUUAUUUUUUCUAGAAUAUUUUCAUAGACCUGCUUAAGAUUCUACUCUUGUUAUAUUUUAAAUUUGCAAAGCUCUACUCAGUUGCUUAGGACUUCUCAUUUUUGUGAUGUUUCUACAAAAUGCUCACAUAAAAUUGGUUGUUUCUCAAAUGUUUAAGAUGAAAGAAAAAUCAAUUUAUGAUUUUUAAAUUGAUCUGUUUUCUGGUUUAGAGGAAUUUGACCUUAAAAAAAGUGAUGUUAAUAAAUAAGAGUGA